AUGUAUCGCCUGACUCCGUAUUCGCCCACGCCGGAGAGCAAGGCGCCUGCAGAGACACUACUUUACGGUACUCCCCGAAGCACCUUUGAUCUUCUGAAGCUUCUGAAGGACGUGGCAUCAACAAAUCACAAAAUGGUGUCCUACUAUAAUCUCAAGCAUGGUGCACAAUGGCGACAUUUUGACAUCAGACAGAGCGUGUUUGUAAAGAACUCUCAUGGUGAUCAUGUUUACUGGCGGCAUGGCAAAAUCACUCGACGAAUCGGAAAUGUCAUCUAUGAUGUUCACCCGCCUCCUCCAUCAGAACGACAGGCUUAUUUCUUCAAGUUUUGCUUCACAAGUGUACUCUCAGAGACUGAAAAGCCAUCUGAUAAACCGUUGCUGAAUGCACCGCAGCAUUUAUGUAUACUUUACUCGGCUAGUGAAGGUCUUCGCUCUUCGGGUAAUCCGUCACCUCCAGACAAUUCGUCGUCAGGAGAAUUAAAAACCUAA